AUGGAGAAACCAUGGGCAUCGGUAGCGUCAAGCUCAGAGGGAUCUCGAGAGCUUCAGUGCAUAGGGAAAUUGGAAAUCGAAAGGCCAAACCCCGUUGGCUUCCUCUGCGGCUCCAUUCCUGUUCCCACAGACAAAGCCUUCCACUCUUUCGAUUCUGCUCUCAUUCCUUCCCGCCAAACAGUGAGUGCUCCGCGGUAUCGAAUGCUUCCGACGGAGACAGACCUCAAUAGUCCUCCACUGCUUUCAAAUUUCCCGGACAAGGUUCUUCCCAUUGCUGCCGUGCACUCCAAGGCCGCUGGAGGUAUAGCAUGGGAUGGUGGUACUGUUACAUCAAAUCUCGCUAGGAAAUGUGAGGCCCUUGCUGUGUCUGGUUUGGUUGAGUAUGGGGAUGAGAUUGAUGUCAUUGCUCCAGCUGACAUUCUGAAGCAGAUCUUUAAAAUGCCAUAUUCCAAGGCUCGAUUAUCAAUUGAAGUUCAUCGUAUUGGACAGACACUUGUUCUGAAUACUGGGCCUGAUAUUGAAGAGGGGGAAAAGUUAAUAAGACGACGUAAAAAUCAAUCAAAAUGUGCAGAUCAAUCUUUGUUUUUAAAUUUUGCUAUGCACUCAGUUCGAAUGGAAGCUUGUGAUUGCCCACCAACUCAUCAUGUCCCAUCACGGGAGCAAUCCAACUCUUCUGUUCUUCCUGGAGCAAAUACUCAGUUUGUGGGACAGCAUGAGAAUGGUGCUGGGGAUGAAGAAUCAAAUCAUUGUCCAGAGUACACAGAGGUUAAAAGGGAUGAUUUCUUUUGGGACAGUAAGAAGGGUAAGAAAAAUAAGGGACGCAAUCCUGUUAAUAAGGCUUCACAAGUUGGUGAGAAAUCCAGAUGCGCAAUACAAGAGUCUGAAAAACAUAGAAGAGUUGCCUGGCUUGACAAUGUCAUGGCGAGUGUGCCUGAGAUGGCCAUCUGUUAUCAUGAAAAUGGUGUUGUCCAGGGCUAUGAGCUUCUGAAAACAGAUGAUAUAUUUCUACUAAAGGGGAUCUCUGAGGAUGGCGCUCCUGCUUUUCAUCCUUAUGUGGUACAGCAAAAUGGCCUCUCUGUUCUGAGGUUCCUUCAAGAAAACUGCAAGCAAGAUCCUGGAGCUUAUUGGCUGUAUAAAAGUGCUGGGGAAGAUGUCAUUCAGCUCUUUGAUCUUUCUGUGAUUCCUAAGAGUCAUUCUUCUAAUGAUUGUGAUGAUAUCCCAAGCUCCCUGCCUUCUGUAUUGCAUCAAGGGAGAAGUGAUUCCCUGUAUUCAUUAGGGACUCUAUUGUAUCGAAGUGCUCACAGGCUUUCACUUUCAGUGGCUCCAAAUAAUAUGGCAAAGUGUGCCAGGUUCUUCCAAAAAUGUUUGGAACUCCUAGAUGAGCCAGAUCAUUUGGUUGUACGUGCAUCUGCACAUGAACAAUUUGCAAGGCUUAUUUUGAACCAUGAUGAAGAGCUGGAGUUAACGUCUGAUGCUCUGCCUGUAGAAUGUGAACUUACAGUUACUGAUGCUGAGGAAGAUUCUUCGGACUUUUUGAGUAGCAUUUCUGAAUUGUCAGUCCAUGAACCAGUACCCUCCCUUGUUGGAGAGGAAACUUCAUGUGAACAUGGACAGAGUUUUCAAGAUUCAGUAAGUGAUGCUUCUGUAAAGAUGACUUUAGAAGCAAAUGCAUAUUCUCCAAGAAAAUUGUUAGCAGCAGGUGGCACGGACAUCGGAGGUUCCACAGAAGCUGUACUAAGUUCCUCUGGCGAUGAAAGCUCUGAAGUUGGCAAAUUGCCUGCAACAACCACACAUGUAGUUCAAACGGUUGCUGAACCAAUCUCGUCUAGACUAGCUGCAAUACAUCAUGUUUCUCAGGCUAUUAAAUCUGUUAGAUGGAUGCGCCAACUGCAGACUACUGAAUCCAAGUUGAUGGGCCAGGAUAAUGAAACCCAUGAUAGGCCACCUUCAUCUGUUAAUCUUUCCGUUUGUGCAUGUGGUGAUGCUGACUGUAUUGAAGUUUGUGACAUUCGGGAAUGGCUUCCAACAUCAAAAUUGGACCAUAAGCUGUGGAAACUCGUUCUUUUGCUUGGAGAAUCGUAUUUGGCACUUGGACAAGCUUAUAAGGAGGAUGGCCAGUUACAUCAAGCUUUAAAGGUUGUAGAAUUGGCCUGUUCUGUUUAUGGAUCCAUGCCUCAACAUCUUGAAGACACAAAAUUCAUUUCUUCCAUGAGUAGUUGCUUUUCAUCACAGACAAAAUUCAGUUAUACAAAUAAAAAGACAAGAUCAUCUAAUAGUGAUCUGGAGGAUCUGAGCUCAAACUCCAAUGAUGACUGUCUUUCGUUUGAGCAGUUCUCUUCCAUCUACCUCUUCUGGGCCAAGGCAUGGACACUAGUUGGAGAUGUUUAUGUUGAAUUCCAUAUUGCCAAGGAUAGUAUGAUCCCUGCACUGGAGAAGAGAAAAUAUUCUACUAGAGAGUUGAAAGUGUCAUCUGAGGUUGUGAAAGAAGUGAAAAGGCUCAAGAAGAAGCUGGGACAGUAUACACAGAACUGCAGUUCGUGUUCUCUGGUAAAUUGCAGCUGUCAGAGUGAUAGAGCAAGCAGUGGUAGCAGUGCAAGUAGUAGUCGUCGUGAUAUGCGCUCGGUAACUUGUGGCAGGAAAUACAGUAAAAGAUCCUAUGCUAAGAGCAACGCCUACCCACUUUUAAGAGACCCUGAAGAUGAUAAUCUUUGUUUGAAAAUGGAGAACAGAAAUGUUUCUGAUCGUGAAUAUUUACACCAAAAUAGAAAUGGUGAAACCACAGUACAAUCUUCUAACAAUUUAGAAGGCAUCCUAGAGAUGCAUGAUAUGGGGUCGACACUGGCCUCUCAAUCUAAUGCUGCUUUGAGAGAACCAACAAAAGUAAAAAAUGGUGGGAUAUUCAAGUACCUUGGAGGUCCUGCAGUUGGAGAUGCUGAAAGCAAUCUUUCAGAAGCCCUAUGCUGUUAUGAAGAAGCUAGAAAGGCAUUAGGUGGUCUUCCAUCUAGUUCAGCAGAAUUACAAUCUAUAAUGAAAAAGAAAGGGUGGGUAUGCAAUGAACUGGGUCGAAAUAGGCUUGAGAGGAAAGAACUAAACAAAGCUGAAUUUGCUUUUGCAGAUGCUAUAAAAGCAUUCAGGGAAGUCUCUGAUCAUACCAAUAUCAUAUUAAUAAACUGUAACUUGGGCCAUGGAAGACGGGCAUUGGCAGAAGAGAUGGUAUCAAAGAUUGAUAGUCUCAAGACGCAUGCAAUCUUUCGAACUGCAUACAACCAUGCAUUAGAGACUGCAAAAUUAAAAUAUAGUGAAUCACUUAAAUAUUAUGGGGCAGCAAAAGUGGAACUCAAUGCGUUUGUUGAAGAAGCUGCUGGCCCUGAAUUAAACAAUUUGAGGACUGAGGUAUAUACACAAUUUGCUCAUACGUAUCUGAGGCUCGGAAUGCUCUUGGCAAGAGAAGAUAUAUCGGCAGAAGUUUAUGAAGCUGGAGUCUUGGGAGAUGUGCAUGUUGAUUCCACUAGCCCUAGUGGCAGAAAGUCAAGAAAAGAAUCACGUAAGCAUGAGAUUUCAGCCAAUGCUGCCAUUAGGGAGGCACUGUCUGUUUAUGAAUCAUUAGGCGAAUUACGGAAACAGGAGGCUGCAUAUGCCUAUUUUCAGCUGGCUUGCUACCAAAGGGAUUGUUGUUUGAAGUUCUUAGAGCCAGACCAUAAGAAAAGCAGCUUAUCUAAAGCUGAAAACACUAUUCUCCAACGGGUCAAGCAAUACGCAGCCUUGGCAGAGAGGAACUUGCAAAAGGCCAUGGAUUUCUAUGGCCCCAAGACGCAUCCUACCAUGUACCUGACUAUUCUUAUAGAAAGAUCAGCUCUUUCACUGAGCCUUUCAAGCCCUUUACACUCAAAUGCAAUGUUGGAAUCAGCUCUGUCUUACAUGCUCGAAGGACGGUGUGUGUCAGAAACAGAUUCGGACUCUUCGAAAACUGAUCAUUCUGAGGUACUUGUGAAGUUUUGGAGUCAGUUGCAGAUGCUUUUGAGGAAGAUGUUGGCUGUGGCGCUUGCUGCACGUGCCAACAAAUCUCCUGUUUCUCAGCCACCUUCAAUAUCCAACAGGUCUGGAGAUGCUGAAAAGUUGAGGGAGCUUUACAAAAUCUCUCUCAAGUCCACCAAGUUAAGUCAAUUGGAUGAUAUGCACUCCUUGUGGACAUCAUAA